UUUUACAGCACUGCAAGUUAAUGUGCCGGCGCGCUCCCGAGCCGUCGGUGUGUCGGGAGCGCGCAACUGCAGCAGAUGAGAGAGAGAGAGAGAGAGACAGAGAGACAGAGAGAGAGAGAAGCUGGCGCUGUGUUGUGUUCUCUCUGCAGUAUCUGACCUGAAAAAAGAAAAACAGCUCGCUGCUGCUCAGAGGACCGACAGUCCCUGAACGCACCGCCGGGCGGGUUUCCUCCAGGUGAGAAAACAAGCCGGACCGUCGAUCACUCAUCCGGACUCAGCACCGAGAAACCCGCCGCUGCCGAUCCGACGCAGACACGCUGUGACUGCGGAACCACCGGGGGCUCGGUCCGGACCGGAGAACCGCCGUCUGGGCUGCACAUUCUCGGGUUUUCCGCCCACGGUCGACGCUCGGUCCCGCAGCAGCCGCAGAGAGAGAGGCGCGCGGGGAGAGGACGCGGUGCAGCCGGGGAGGAGCAGGAGGCCGAGCGGCUUCUGGGAGGCUCUGCAGCGAAACGGGGCUCGUUAACGCGGUGCGGUGAGAUCUCCUCCUCCACCUCCUCCACCUCUCUCCCGCCUCCUCCUAACCGAUGGGUUAAAACCGGCCGGUUGCUCCAGAGAGCCGCCGUCCCGUCCGGAGGGUCCGCUCACACCUGCUCACACCUGCACGGCCCGACCUGCGGGGCUGUAUGAUGUAGGACCCCCCUCCACCUCAGUCUGUCCGCAUCACCAGCCUCCACCCGCCUGUACCUCCCCUCCCAGCCUCCCACCAUGCCGGCGGGGAUGAAACCGCUGGAGAAGUUCCUGAAGAAGCAGACCACGGCCCUGACCCGGGCCGGGGGCUUUGUAGGCGGGGUGGCGGACAAGGCCAGCGGAGGGACCGGGGCGUCCCGCCGGAGGGCCAGCCUGUCCCGGGUCGUACCCUUCUUCAGGGAGACCUCACCUGAGAGCGGCCAGGCCCGAGAGGUGUUCAGCCCUGACAGCGAGGACCCCCCCUCCUGGCCCUCAGCUGCAGGGACCGGUCUGGUCACGGUGCCCUGCAGUGCUAACGGCUCCGGUUCUGGUUCUGGUUCUGGAGGAGGAGACGUCCGCAGUCCAUCUCUGUCCAGCGACGAGCAGAGCUCUGAGGCCAGCCUGAUCACAGAGACCGGCGGCGGAGGAGGAGGAGGAGGAGGGACGCCUCUUCCUCCCGACACACCGGACAACCUCACCCUGUGUGUUCUGGACAGCGUGGCGGGGAGACGUCACGCUCACUGUACAGAGACGCUGCUGGAUGACUUCAUGCUGACACAUCCCAUCUUCCUGACGGCCGACAGGUUGCAGCAGGUUCUGCUGCAGCAAUUCUCUCUGGAGACAGAGGGUGAGGGGGGAGGGAGGGAGGCAGGAGGUGAGAGGAGGGGAGGAGGAGAGACAGAUGGAGAAAGCGAGGGAGUGAUGGACGCAGCAGAGAGGAAGCAGGCGGUGCUGAAUGUGGCGUUCCGAUACCUGGACACCUACAGAGAGCUGCUGCAGGAGGAGGGGGAGCGCAGCAACAGCUUCCCCAAGGAGCUGUACCUGUGUGCGGUGCAGGAGUUGAGUCAACACCCUGAGCUGGUGGAGGACGUCCUGAAACUGCAGAGAUGGACCGAGAUCUUGAACUGCCCCUCUGACGAGGAGAAGGAGAGCAGGAGGAAGCAGGUCCGUCCUCUGUUCAGACACUUCAGACGCAUCGACGCCUGUCUGCAGCCCAGAGAGGCGUUCAGGGGCUCCGACGAGAUCUUCUGCAGGGUCUACACUCCUGAUCACUCGUACGUCACCAUCAGGAGUCGUUUGUCCUGUCGGGUCGGAGAGAUUCUGGCUCUGGUCCGAGAGAAACUCCAAUACAGUGAAGACCAACCGGUUCUGCCUGGAAACCUCAUACUGGUGGCCGUCACAUCAGCUGGAGAGAAGGCGGUGUUCCGGCCCAGUGACGAGGCCGUGUUCACCACGCUGGGAGUCAACACACACCUGUUUGCUUGUGAACCCUCCGAGCUGGAGACACUGCUUCCUCUUCCUGAGGAGAUCCACUGGACGCCAGGUGACAGCAAACUCCACGACAUGUCAGCGGAGGAGGUGGCCAAUCAGCUAGUGGUGUUUGACUGGGAGCUGUUCAGCUGCGUGCACGAGGUGGAGUUUGUGUGUUACGUGUUUCACGGGGAGCAGUCUCGCUGGCGCCCCCUGAAUCUGGAGCUGGUUCUGCAGCGCUGCAGCGAGGUGCAGCACUGGGUCGCCACCGAGAUCCUGCAGUGUCAGUCGCUGCCCAAGAGAGUCCAGCUGCUCCGCAAGUUCAUCAAGAUCGCAGCUCUCUGUAAGCAGCAGCAGGACCUGCUGUCCUUCCUCGCCGUCGUUCUGGGUUUAGACAACCCGGCUGUCAACAGACUGCGACUCACCUGGGAGGGUCUCCCCGGGAAGUUCAGGAAGCAGUUCCAGCAGUUCGAGAGCAUCGCUGAUCCGUCCAGGAACCACAAGUCCUACAGAGACCUGAUCACCAGCCUGAGACCUCCUCUGAUCCCCUUCACACCUCUGCUGCUCAAAGACCUGACCUUCCUUCACGAGAGCUGCAAGACGUUUCACGGUGAACUCGUCAACUUUGAGAAGAUGCACAAAGUGGCCGACAUGGUGAGAAUCAUCCGACGGUACAGGAGCAGCCAGCUAGCCAUGGAUACGGAGACGUCCCCCUCCCACCUGCAGACGAAGGCCUACGUCCGUCAGCUUCAGGUGAUCGACAACCAGAACCUGCUGUUCGACAUGUCCUGCAAACUGGAGCCCAAAGAUACAUAAAGAGCUGGAGAACGAAGAGGAGGAGGAAGAAACCUGUCAAGGACCAAUGAGACGAAGGAGCAAACGGUUAGAGCAACGCUCAGGGAGAAGUGAGAACUGGAAGAAGUCUGACACUGGAACUGAAAACCUACAAACUCCUCCUCCUCUCUGCCUGCCUGUCUGUUCCUCCUCUUCCUCUUCCUCUUCCUCUUCCUCUUCCUCUUCGUCCCUGAACACUGCCAGCAGCUCUGACGACACAAAGACUCCUCAUGAUCCCGUCAUAGUUUUUGUUGUUACCUCUAAAAGCUUCAGGUCGUCUUCUCUCUGUGGCGGCCAUUUUGUGUGUAAACCUGGAGGCUGGUGUGGAGCGUUGUUCAAACAUUUGUGAGGUCAGCUGAGAGCGAUCGGGAGAGAUUCAGGACUCAGGACACAGAAAACACGUGUUGAGGAUCCAGAAGCUGCGGCGGCGGCGUCAGAGACACCUGAUGACAUCAGAGACCCUGAUGACGUCAGAGACUCCUGAUGACAUCAGAGACUCCUGAUGACAUCAGAGACUCCUGAUGACGUCAGAGACUCCUGAUGACGUCAGAGACACCUGAUGACGUCAGAGACACCUGAUGACGUCAGAGACUCCUGAUGACAUCAGAGACUCCUGAUGACAUCAGAGACACCUGAUGACGUCAGAGACUCCUGAUGACAUCAGAGACUCCUGAUGACAUCAGAGACACCUGAUGACGUCAGAGACUCCUGAUGACGUCAGAGACACCUGAUGACGUCAGAGACUCCUGAUGACAUCAGAGACUCCUGAUGACAUCAGAGACACCUGAUGACGUCAGAGACACCCGAUGACAUCAGAGACACCUGAUGACGUCAGAGACACCCGAUGACAUCAGAGACACCUGAUGGCGUCUUGUUGCUAACGUACAGACGAUGAGUGAACUGUGGCGUCCUGUCAGAGUAUCAUUCACAUCACUCUCAGUCCAGACGAGAUGAAACUCAGCGUGACGAAUCAGUAAAUCACAUCAUGAACCUUAAGAUAUGAAUCACACAUCAGGAUCAGUCAGGCUCAUUCAGAAUCAGGAUCAGCCAGCAGCCUCUCCUGCACACCAUUACUCAGACUGUGUGCUGGAGUCUCGGUACCGGUCGUUCUCCUCCAGAGCACAUCAACAUAAACACAUUUAGAGUUUGUUGCAAACCGAGUCUGUUUCUCUAAAACAUCUAAAAAAAUUUAAAAUCAUAUUUUUAUGGGAGCAGGUUUGAUGGUCUGUCAGGAUCAGCUGGCUCGUGGAUCUUAUAAUGUGUGGUUCUGACAUCAAACUGGACCCCCAACAUCCCGACACAGCUGGAGGUGACGGUAGCGAUCCUGCAGGUGAAAGUCUGCUCGCUCUGUCUGCAGGUGAGCUGAACACAAACUCACCUCAGACUCAGCGACGCUGCAGAAACAGACUCGGCGUGCAAAGAACGUCACCGCUGGACCCAAGAUGUCCGCCGGCGUCACAUUAAUACAUGGAUUUAAAGUCCAACCCACAAAAGAGAGCAUGAGGACUGAUCCAGAGUCAGUUAACAGGUUCAGAUGAUUUCUGACAGUAAACAUAUAAACAACAUGUAAUAAGUCACCUGUUCACUUAAUCGCUGUGCGUUAGAAGCAACCAAUCAGAUCAGAGUACCAGGACAGACUGGAUGUAAGAUCUGAUCUGAGACCAGAAGAACUGAAUCCUCUUCCUGUUGUUUGUUUCCUCACUUCCUGCACUUUUCCUCCUCGAGAGGCAGCCAACCAAUCAGAGCCGAGCCAAUCGGACCACCUGACUGACGCCUGCUGACCUUUGAACCCUCCAACAACAGCCUGAUGGGAAACAAGAAUUUCCCGCAGCUGCUGGUAGUUUCAUAGACGGACCUGUUGUCUCAUAUUUGGGUCGGCAUGUUCCUCUGCCGGGCCGAACACAAACACCUGAACCACAGAAAUCAGCCGGCUGAUUGGUCGAUCUGACACCAACCACAUACGCCUCGUUCACGUCUGUGAGCAACGUGCAGGACGAGAACACGACGUGUCAGUCGAGCAUCUUUCCUCUGACACAGUUUACAGCCACAGCUCACCUGCUCGCCCGCCAGCUGAUGAACUCUGUGUUGACAUCCGCUGACCUCGGGUCUGUUUCUAUCAGCUGCCAAGUUUCAGCCAGGAGCUGCUUCCUUCACUGACUCCUCUGAGAUCAAUCCGAGUGGUGACGAUGUGCUCGCUGACGGCACCUGUGACGGACCUGUGGACACUUUGGCUCACGGUGCGUUCAAGGACUCACAUGAUGUGUAGAUGCUGGUUUUCUACCGAAUGUGAUCUCAGUGUCAGUGUGAAGACGUCGCUCAGCUCUUCGCUCUGUUCUGAUUGUUGUUUCAGGACUUUGAAUGCGUCUCACAGAGUUUUUGAUCCAACAGGACGUUGGAGACUCUCGUUCCGCUCAAUUUAAAGGACCAUUCUGCUGUUUUUGUAUGUUUUGGCCUGUUUACCACAUGUCACGCUGCACCGGUGUUCCACCAGUCACAACUCUGCUUCAUGUCAUCUCAUCCAGGCAGCCACAUGUUCAGUUCAGAUCAGCCUGCAGAUACGAUCCAAUCAGAUGGAUCUCAGUGUCAGUGAUCAGUUAAACACAUGAUGAGGUCACAGUCUGUCACCAGAGGGCGCCACUCUCACGUGUAAAUCAUUCAAACACACAAUGUACAUGUAAAACAUAUCAAAUCACUAGAGGAUCAGAUUUAGAACAUAAUGAAUCUUGAUAUUGAUCAGGACACGAGUGACAGGCUGAACAUCUGUCGGUCCACAGGAAGUGACAUCACUUUAAUCUCCGAACACAUCAGCGGUCUGUGGACACGAUGGCGGUCGCAGUAAACAGGAUAAAACAUUCAAACAGCUGAAGCGUUUUAAUAAACGAUCUCCAGCUGGUCGAACUGAUCGUCACACGGCAGCCAAUCAGCUGCGUGUCCUGGAUGACAUCACGAUGAAACACAGGAGAACUUUUCUUUCUCAGCGUUUUGAGAUCCUACUGCUGAACGACCAAUCAGCUCAAAGGAAGGACCCACUCAGCCUCCCAGACCUGCGCUGCCAUUGGUUGGCUCGUGGACUGGAGGGUCGAGAUCCGAGGCAAUAACAGGAAGUGAAGCUGAUUGGUCAACUUCUCGCAGCAACGAAGCACUUUUGCCAAACCUCAGGGCUCAGAGACACAGAGAGGUUUUGUUUACUCUUUCUUCUAGAUUUUCAGUCCAGUUCGGUUCUGUUGAGUCCAGUUGUGUUGCGAUUGAUUGAUUCUGUGUUUGUACAGCUGAUCACACUUCAGUCAUAUUUACUAUAAUAAUAGAAAUCUACAGAGUUGUUGUUUUCCUGCUGUGAUCACCACCAGGUCUGAGUCCAGACGGACACUUCAUGGUACUGUUAAACCUUCAGUCCAGAAAUCAGGACGGCAGAGUCCGACACAGGGACCAGAACCCACGAGGCAAAAACAACUUGGUACCAAAUGUCUCUUAAAGACGAAAGAUUCCUUCUGUCAGAAUCGACCGAUGGAGAACGAGCGCGAUGCACUGAAGAGUUUCACUCAGAACGACUUUCACCAACAAGAGCUGUGAAGAAAAAGGCCCUCUGUGAAAAUAUAGACAGAAGUCAUUUGACAGUCACGGUGAUGCUGAUGGUGAGGUCAUGGUGAGGUCAUAGUGAGGUCAUGGUGAGGUCAUAGUGAGGUCAUGGUGAGGUCAUGGUGAGGUCAUGGUGAGGUCAUAGUGAGGUCAUGAGGGGGACUUCCGGGGAAUUCUGAGCUAUCCAAAUUAAAAUCCAAUUAAAAAUUAAAAAUUAAAUUAAAUUAAAAUUAAAAAUCCAAAUUAAAUAAAAAAUGAUCUGUUUCCAAUAUUUGAAAUAAUCUUUGCAUCAGCUGCACUCUUCUUCUGUAGUUAUGAACUAAAGUUUAUUUAUAUAUAAAUAUUUAUAUAUAAUAUAAGAAAUGUAUAAAUGUAAUAAGUCUUAUUUUACAGCAGAAGCUGUGAGAUCAGAGAGAGUUACUGCUGGAAGUCUGUGACUCUCACUGGAGUUGAUUUGGAAGUGUAUGGACCCGUUUUCAGUGACAGGCCCGGUCCAUGUUGUUCUGUGUGGGUGAAACUCUUCAGUGCAUCAGGACGGAUCAGGACGGUUCUGAAGGUGUGACCGGUGUGAAAGCUUCUCUGUGCUCAGCUCUGGUGAGACUUCCUCCAUCUGUACCAUAACAUCCAGUCUGUCCACGCUCAGUGAGGCCGAUCCCGUCCAGAGACAAGUCCGCCUCCAGUCCACCUCCAGAGACCAGGUCCACAGUCCAGGUGUCAGAACCAACCGCAGAUAAUUAAAGUACAUGUUACUAUAUUUAUUCUCUGCUGAACGACCCGGCUCUUGUUUUGGGACAUGGGGUCCAAAUAGAUCUUUUGUUGCAGACUAACGGAGACUUCUUCUGGAGUUCUAGUAAACCACCAGAAUCAGAAACCUGCUGUAAAGAAAUCCGAAGGCUUCAUUCUGUGAGAGGUUCUGUCUUGUUACAGCGGAGGGUCUCUGACUCCAACACACCUCACAGAUAUUAGAUGGAUCAGAACCAACAGGAGGCGGCUUUGUUCUGGACGGGACAAAACCUGCAGAACUUGUAGGCUUUGACAAGACCUUUAACCUGAUAUGAAGUCCUGAAACAUGAGUCCAAAAUACCAAGUAUGUGAGUUCAAGAACAGUUCCUCAAACACCAGAGAACAUGAUCCGGUUGAGCCUCCAGAACCAGGAGUUGUAGAAAGGCCCGUUGUAGUUGUCACAGUUUGGAGAUUCCUGUUUCUGAGUCUGAGAUCAAACUGAGCGUUCAGGACUCUGUUUGCUGUCGGAGGUCUUGUCGAGGCGGAGACGUUUGUGGCGGUUCUGUCGGGUACAAAGUGUGAAACCCAGUGAAGAUGACAUCAUCAGUAGUCUGCCGGUGGCUCUCUCAGGACCGCGUCCUGGGUGUCGGGCGCUUUAUUAUGGAUCCCGGUGUAGUUCUGGGCAGAAACAGAAGUCCUAAAUCUGAACUGAAACCCAUUCUCAACAUUUAGUGUAAGCUGACCGAGCCCUCCGGUGUUUGGACCAAUCACAGCUUCUGCCAGUAGUUCUGCUGGGAUUCAUAAUGUCAGGAGGCGGACGGCCUCUUGGGUCGAGGCGGUCCGCUCAGCACCGUCUGAAACACUGAAACAUGCGAUGUACGGAGUGUGUGUGCCGCGCUGUAAAUACGCAGAUACUAACGAAGACUCUAUUUUAUGUAUGAGCUGCGAGAGCAACGUGAACUCAAGGAGAAACAAUGAUUCAAUGUUUUUUAUUUGUAAAGGUGAGCGAGAUGUGUACAGAGACGGCGGACGGACGGAGCGAUGAGGAAUUUAUGACUUUAUGAAUUGUACAGUUGAAUCUUUAUGAGUUUGAUGGUUCUGUUGUUUUCUAUCUAAAGCUCGGGUUGUUUCAGUUCGGGGUUUUUGUACAGAAGUGGCUGUUUACAUCAAUACAAGUCCUUAUUUCUGUGAACAGACGAUGUGAUUGGAGCGCAGGCCUAGGUGGGCGGGGCCGGUGAGUGGGCGGGGCCUGGAGGGGUGGUGUCAUAUUACCGGAACCUUUGGGAACCAGUUGCCCUGCUGACGUGAUGAGGAGCAGAUUUGAUUUGAUCUUGGGAAUGAAGUCUAAAUAUUUUGUUGACGUUUUUUAUGUUAAUAAAAUAAAGUAAUAAUUGUG